CGCUGACGCUCGAUUUCCGCUUCCAGUGCUGUUACCGCUAAGUGUGUGAAAGCCGCGCCCGUGAAAUCUGUAUGCGACCGGAUUAACCGUGUUUUCAUGAAGAGCGGCUGGAUUUUUGUUGCUUACUUUCGAUUUCUACUCAACGGCAUACCUAACAGCGCAGUAUCGUAUUUUGCUUUUAAAACGGAUAUAAGUGACAACAAAAGCAGUACCGUACACGGUGAAAGGAAACAACGUUCCUCCAGGACCAUGUUGCUACGUAAAGCAACACUCUAAACCACAACCGAAAGAAGAUGGUAGCGGAUGAAGGUACUCCGCCUCCUGGCCUAAAGAAGCGCAGGAGUAGCAUUAUGGAACCGCUUUCUAUGAGUACUGAAGAUACAUCAUUGAGAGCGAUCAUAUUUGGAAGCUCUGAUCAUCAGCAGUUCUCUCUCACCGAGUCGAUCCUGCAGAGCGCGGUCUUUGAAGGCGCUGAUCCUCACACUAUACUCACUACUAAAACUUCUGGAAGAGUCUUUGGGAGAAAUGUGACUCUGGUCAACACUCCAAAUCUUACUAAUCAUGACUUAUUACACUACAUGUAUAAAAAAGAGGUAAAGAAGGCGGUUUGUUUCUCCUGUCCAGGGCCACACGCCAUCCUUUUUACGCUGAAUCCAUUAGACAUGCCACCAAACGCGUACGAGGUUUUCAAACCGGUAGUGCAGUACUUUGGAGAACAAAUCUUGAAUAACACAGUGAUCGUUCUGUACCAUGAAGAAGAGUGUUGGAGUCAGUCGUUAGAAGACAGUGUGAAGAAGAACAAGCCCUUCAGGGAGCUUCUUGAGAAAUGUGGUCAGAGAUGUCUCAUCUUUAGUGGUAAGGAGAACAGGAAUGAGGGUGAAGUGACGAGGAAAUUGUUUGAGGAAAUAGACAAGAUGGUGGCGGAGCAUGGGAUUUUUUCCAACGUGGAGUUUAAAGAUGCUGAUAAACGAAUCAAAGCGGAGGAAAAAAAUAUACAAAUUCAGAGAAAGAAGGAGGUCAGUGCAGUGUUGGAGGAACUGCAGAAAACGCAUUCUCAGGAAGAUCUGGAAAGAGAGGUGAAACGUUAUGAAGAGAAGAUCCGGUUGGAGAACAGGGAAAGGGCGGAGGUGCAGAUCGCAGACAGACUCGGUUUUACUCUCAGACUUGUUGAUUAUGCAGCAGCAAUAGCAAAAGGAGCGUUUGUAGGGGCAGUAUUAGCGGGGGCGAUGGGCUUUCCAGGUGUGGCCAUAGGAGCAGCGGUUGGUGCAGCUCUCGGUGGUUUGGCAGAUUUUGGUGGACGUGCAACUUAAAGCGGAAAUUGCACUUAAUUGUAGACAUCCGCUCUUAAUGUCAGCAAGUUCACCGGUUCAUUUUUUAAUUUUUGUAAUUCAACUUUUUAUUGUUCGACAAUUAGAACGUCACAACGUCUUUUAAGAAGCACCUUCACAUAUUCAGCCGUUCGCCACAAUAAAAAUAAUGCAAUCAAAGCAAAAAUACACGGAAAUGAAACAGUCCUGCUCGUUUUACCCAUUUUAAUGUGCUGCCAGAAUAGAAAUGAUCCCAUGUUUUUAUAAUUUCCCCUUCAUUAUGCAAUCUUCAGCAUCCAGGAUGAUCUCAUAUGAUGCGAUUUCAAUCAUCCCUAAUUUCUAGUUAUGCCGAAUCAUCCUAGCAGCUGUAAUACAGCCAGUCUUAAUAAGGACAAAUGCAUUUUUUUGCCACGUUGGAUCCCACCGAUUUAUCUCCAAGAAGGCAUAAUCGUCGCUCCAUAAUGGGGUGAACUAAAGAACUUUUCCACGUCAUAUAUAAGUAAAUGCCCGCUUCUUUGUUCCACUUCCACCGAUGGCGGGGCCAACGGUGUGAUGAUGUCUUGUUGUAGGGUGAGUCAUAUGCAAACGUAUUUGCCCGUGUGACGUCACAAAACCCGCCACAUCCAAAACAAGACGUUUUUGGGGCUUGGAUAAAGAAAUGCUCUUUUUGUAUUGAGGAGGAUGUAUUAAGCUUUGAAACUUGCAGGAUAUUUUAAAGGUACAACGACCCCUUAAAUGUCGAAAAACAAGGAAAAGUUUAUUUGGUUUGUUUGGCUCAUCUUGUUGACGUGAAAUAUCCAGAAUCAAUCUUUACAGAGUUUAUGAACCACCGGCUGCAAAGAAACAGCCUCAGAUGCUCACUGACCCACCUCUGCUGAAUUCUCUACAGUGGCUAUGAGGUGGAUUUACUCGUAUGCAGUCGCUUUUUGCCUCCAGACAUUUUGAUGGUGCUCAUGAAAGAAAACUUAAAAUAAGGCUCUGAAUUGAGCACAACACACAAUGCCUAUUGGAGUGCUGAUGCUGCUUGGUGCUGAUACUCUCAGGAGUAGACAAUAUUAAUUUUCUGAAUGUAGUCAAGUUUAUUUGGUGCAGUUCUAAAAAUGUGAUCUUUGGGCCUUUUUGACCCUCCUCACUAUGUGGAGGUUCAGUGUGCUCAUGAGUCCAAUACCUAUUAAAUUUCACCCAUUUCAGAUGUGAAACUUUUUUACUGUAUGGCCUCAAAAGCAUUUUUAACUGGCUGUGUGUUUCUUUUUAUCCAUUACCGGAUUUGUGCAGCUCAACAAUCAUCUGUUUCUUUUUUUUUAUUGUUUGUUUGUUUAAUUUGUUCCCCCAUGGAAGUGGUUGACAGAGUAUAUAAUUUAAUAAAUAGAAUAUUUAUAUUAUUAUAUAAUAUAUUUUUUAUAAUAUAUUUAAUAUAUUUAUAUUAAAAAUAUAAUAGUAUAAAUAUAAUAAUGAAUGUUAAGAAUUUGAUCACACAAGGAAGGUAUUUGUCUGAUAUUGUUUACUAUUGUUGCUUUAAAAUAUUCUAGAUUCUCUUUAUAUGUGGUUUAUAAUGUCACAAUAAUGCAGCAUCCAUAUAUUUUAUGUGUUAGGCUUUUAUUGUUGUAUUUUGUUCACACAUUUGUCUCUCAUGUUGAUUUCACGCACUAAAGGCCCAUUGUUCAUUUGGGCAAUGAACAGUUUCUGAUUGUGGCUGUCAGAUUGGACUUGUAAUUUGUGAUGAACAUUAUCUGUCCAGUUGAAGGAAAUAAAUAAUAAAGCACAAUAUUUGCGUG